AGAACAGGACUUUCCUUAAAUCACGCACGUCAAUUUGUCAUCUUGAUCGUUUCCCCACCAAUGGAGUCCGAGGCCUCCAGUUCUACGCCACAGAACAACCACCGUCGCCGUCGGGACCCGACCCAGCCUCAGCCAUGGUUCAAACCAACGCAACCUGUUGCCGAUCGCAUCGCCCGCGCCCUGCGUCACAGGCUCCUGCUCCUGCAUAGAUAUGAUUCCAGUUUCUUCGUCUUGGGUGCCACUGGGAAUGUUUACACCGUUGCAUUAUCCGCCACGCCUUCGUGUACAUGCCCUGAUCGCACCACCCCCUGCAAACACAUACUCUUUGUCUUGAUUCGAGUAUUGGGAGUUCCUCUCGGCGACGUGUGUCUCCGUCGACGGACUCUCAGGCCAUGCCAGCUUAGCCGCUUGCUUGACACGCCGACGUUGCCAGAGUCACCAGCCCGAGCUUCUUUGCGAGAGAAGUUUCAUCAGCUAUUUUUUAGAGCAAAUCGGGGCGAGUCAAGAUCAGAGAUCGGGGAAAUUGAAGAAGGGACUAUGUGUCCCAUCUGUCUCGAUGAAGUAGAGAAAGGGCAGAGAAUAGCGGCCUGUGCGACGUGUCGAAACCUGAUUCACGAAGAAUGCUUGAUAAGGAAAAACUCCCAGGAGAAGAUCAGGAUGCUCAGUUUGAAAGUUCAAGACUCAUAGAGCAGGAUGGCCUUGUUAGGCUUGCCAAGACUCAUAGAUCAGGAACCCAGGCGCUGGUGCUGGGUUCCUUCGAACCCAGUAGAGAGGGGAAGGAGAAAAGGAAAGUGAAGGAGAAAAAAAAAGGAAAGGAAAGAAAAAAGAAAAAAAAAGAAAUCUUUAUUUAUUAAAGGAAAGAGUUUUUU